AUGGCUCCAGACCUCAACUCCCUCCCCCCAUCUAGGUCUUCCACUUCUUCCCCACUCCAUGCACGCAGCAACUGGCCAUCCAUAGCUCCCAGCACUGAAGCUCACAACAAUAACAGCUCAUCUUCACGAUCGUCAAGUGUUGCACCACCAGUACAACCAGCAACAGCAACACCAACCAUGAACCCAACUCCCUCUGGAUCUACUGAUCUGUCCCACCGCCCAACCGUCAGCGGUGGACAUCGCAACUCCCCACAGAGCACCAGACCUUCGAUCUCGGAGGGUCGUCGACGCUCACACCUGAACUUGAAUGACUCGCCAUCUGCCACCGCCGGUGUUGGUGCUAGCAUUGCUGGGAUUGCUGGUAUGGAGCACCAUGAACAUCGCUCCCCAUCGUUCAGCAACUACUUUCGUACCGCCAGCCCAUCGAGUUUGGGCGGUAGUCCUAUCAUCGCAACUGGGGACCCGCAUCACCAGCGCGCACCAUCGCUAGGAGAGUUGCAUCAGGAAUUGGAGCAGGAGCAAGAGGCGCAAGUGAACCGCCUCCUCCAAAUGAUCCGCCAACAACAACUCCAACUCCAACAGCUCCAGCUCCAGCAACAACAAGGCCAGCCAUCAUCCGCGGUCGUCGACGAUAACAACAACUUCACACCCAGCUCCGAGCGCUCAUCUCAUCUCCAGUUCCCGACCAUCCCACCCCUCCCGACUCCAGGCAUCUCGCGCUCGCCCACAAUGCAUUCCCACUCCCACUCUCCCUUCUCAACUCGUCGUGGCUCUCGCGGCUCUGAAACUGCGCCCGCUUACCCUCCUCAAUUCUCUGCUACUACAUCCGGAGAUUCAGUCUUCGAUCUGAACGAUUUGGUCGAUAGAGAUAGAGAGAGACAGCAGGAAUCUUCCAUGGCUGCGCGUCGUGGCAGUCUGGACGAUAGCGCGUAUUAUCAGGCUCAGGUUGAUAGCCUCAAUCGCGAUAAUCGCAUGUUGAGGGCAAGGAUUAGGGUGCUUGAGAGGCAGAUUACGGAGUUGUCUACUUCUUCUUCAGCAGCUGCUGCUGUAGCAGCUACUAGUGUUGAACCUACUACUACGGCUGCUGUUGCGACUGGGAACAGUGCUGGUGCUAGUGGCGCAGCUGCUCGUGACGAGCCCCAGGCAACGGAGAAGAAUAUCCCGGGCUGA